AUGGCGGCAUGCGAUCUGUCACGAAAUAGUCCUACCCAAAAUAGAUUUCAUCUGGGAUUUUUGCAGCAGAGUUUCGAGAGAUGCAAGAAUCCAAUGAUUAUUUAUGGCCCGGAUGGUGGUUCUGUGAUUGCGUGGAAUCAGGCUGAAAAUAUAGUUGUACAAAGCACAUUACCAGCACCAGAAACUACAAUAUAUAGAUGGUGCUCCGGGGAAUCUUAUUAUGAGGAUGCAUUCCUCCUUCACCCAUACAAUUAUACAUCUCAAUGCCUGUCAGCUCCCUUAGACCCAUUAGAUCCAAUUACUGUUUCUUCUUGUCAACCUACCACCGGCACUGGGUUUAUGAAUAUCGCAUGGAAUAUUCUUUAUAGAGCUCCAAUAAACACCACUGCUAAUUCUGAUGAGCUAUAA